AUGUCCUCAAAUAAAAAUCAAAAAUGGUCAGCAAUAUCUUCAUUAUCAAAACUUCUUUCUCAUAUUUCACAUAGUCUUUUACUUCCAUCAAAAAAAUCUUCUCUAACAUUAAAGAAAAAUAACAAGAAAGUUAAACCAAAAGAAACUGUUAUGAAAAAUAUUAAUUUCAUGUCACAAAGUGCUCCUGUAACUCGUCGUCAUCCACCAAAAUUUACUUCAAAUGUUCUUCAUAUUCAAACUUUGAUGAAAGAAAAUCAUUUUAAACAAAUCGUACAUGAAAACCUGUAUGUGAAAAGUGUGAAUGUUGAAGAGGAAGAUGAUGAUGAUUAUUCAAGAUAUUCACUUCGACCAAAUUUAUCUCUUUUUAAUAUAAGUACAGAAAAUCUCAAUUAUAAAUCACAAGAUUUUGAUCGAGAAGAUCUAUCACAACAACAUGAUUGGCUCGACAAUAUAUUUCAUUCAACUACAAUUGAAGAAUACUAA